GGGUUCAAGGACGCUUCAUUCGUCCCGCAACCCGGGACCAAUGAAGCGCGCGAAAUCUCCGUUCCUCUUCGCCUCGCACCUUGCGAUCGUCGUGACAGCGAUGUGAGCGCGACGAUCCCGAGGAGCGAAGGCGAAGAGUAUUCCCCUCCCUCGCAGACAUCCGCUUCUCCGGAUCGCAACGUCUCCAGUACGAUUCCGAGAGGUGGAAGUAGCGCAGAUGCAGUUCGAUCGGCAUCGUUGCCGCAGCUGAUGACAACGGCAACGACGCUGACGACGACGACGACGACGACCAAGACUUCGCGAUCCAAGGUUUACCGUAAAACGUCCCUCAGGAACCCGUCUCUCAACUGCGAGAUCAUCGGUGGCAGCGUUUUCGAGAAGAAGGGCGUCGUGCGAUACGCAAGCGCCGCUGCCCAGGAGAAGAAACAGAAGAGGAGGAGCCUCGCGGAGAGAGAGACGGACGCGAGGAGCGAGAACAAGUGGAAUCUCGAGGACAUCCAUAUCACGUGCAAUCCGCUGUCGACCCCGUACCCCUAUUCCACGCCAGCGGCGACGACCACGACGACGACUACCACCACCGUUCCCAGCAAAACGACGACGGAGAGCGACGAGGAGCCCAAGAGCCGCAGUUGCGGCAGCUUCCUACCGAUAUUCGCCCUGAUCCCGCACUCGGUCAUCAGUUUCCAGUAUCUCAGCCCGAAGAUGAAGUUCUCGUGGUGGCGGAACAAGAUCUCGUGAAGGCACGCGUAGACGCCCACCGUCGUCGCCGCCGACGUUGUGCGUCGCGACAUCACUCCGACUCGUUUUAUCAAGAGACACGCCUCUCUUACCUCGUAGCGAGCUCUCUUUCUCUUUCUCUCUCUCUCUCUAUCUUUCUUUGCUUGUAUCUCUCUAUCUCUAUUUCUAUAUCACUUCGGGCCAAUCUUCAGCGAUUAAAGAAAUCCCGAGGAAGUUAUCAUCUCGUAAAUCCAUCUAUAGACAUUCGCGCGCGCGCGCAUUAGUUGUAACUUUCCGAAGGUCCUACUGUCGAAAAAGCAAAAAAAAAAAAAUACAUGCCACAGUAAUAAUGCAUGAUAAAUAAUGCAUUUUUAAAAUGGAUGGCGUUUUUUUUGAGACGGCUUUCGGAUGAGUUUUCGUUCACAAACUGUCACGAAGUUCGGCUUCGUGAUGCUAAAUGUUUAAAAUGUGAAUUGCAUAGUGUAUAUUAAGAUCUAAAUUAUUCAGUUUUGGGUUUUAAAAUUUGCCUUUCCACAAGAGCGCUGUAACAUUUGUAACAAUAUUCCAAAUCUUUCGAAUUUUUCUCCCGCGGAAGAAGAAAAUAUACCGACUUUGUGUGUUUAUUAUAUUUUUGUAUGAAACGUUUUUUUGUUGGCGUGUCGUUACAGAUCCUCUAGUCGAUCGAAGUUCCUCUCUUAUACGACGCGCUUUUAAGAUAUCAUACAUUUUCUGCUUCUAAAUUGAAAUUUCACUUGAUAUUCAUUUAAAUACAUAUUGAAAUAUACGACUCAAGUAUUGUAUCAGCGCUCACACGUUUCUUUUUUUUUUCUACGAGAGAUAUACAAAUAUUCCAAGAUUUUAGAAUAUCUAUAUAAGUGGCGCAAAAAAAUUCAAGAAUUUAAAGAUCGUAGAACCUAAGAAUCCACAGUUCCUAGAAUCUAACACCUAACGAUCCAAAGACCUUAGAAUCUAAGAUCCUAGAAUGUAAGGAUUCAAAGAUCUUAAAGCUUAAGAAGAAAACACUUCGACACAUCGUAGAGUGUAAGGAUCCAGGCUAUUUCGCAGAAUGCGAGAUUCUGAAAAUUAAAUCGAGCAUUCGGAGAUUCUAGAAUGUAAGGAUUUGAACGAAAGGAAAUAUAAAAUUUAAGAAUUUAACAAUAUCUCGAAUAUAAUAUAAAUUGGAUUCUUCUUCGGCAAAAGUGUAAAAGGCGAACAUUGCUAUUAAUCUUUUAAUUUUCGGGACAUGUACUCGAGAGCGUGGAAAAAAAAUGAGGAGUUUUCAAAUGUGAGAUUAAAGUCCAUAGAGAGACAAGGAAAUUUUUCAAUAUCUUGAUUAUCAAUCCUCGAAUUAAAUUCUCUAUUAAGACAAAGGAAUCUAUCGAGGUACCAUUGAGAGGUCAGAUUUUGUUGUCUACUUUGUUAAGAUCAUUAAUAUCGCGUUAUAGAAAAUUAUACGCGAGAAGAGAGCGAUGAUCAGUCUUGUCAAUCUUCCUUGGAUCAUACUUAGAAACAGUAUUACAUCGGCGUAUCCAUCGAAAUUGUCGCGGAAUAUAAGAUCGAUUUAACAUUAUCAGUUAUUGACGCGAUAAAAAUGGAAGAUAUCAGAUUUUCUUUUUUUUUAGCACUUUUGUUCCUACUUUAUGUUCAGUUAGUUAAUAUAGUGAUUCCUUAUUUAUAAAAUAUAUGAAAAGAGAUGACAGGUUGCGCAUACGCACGUACUUGUUUCGCUCCCUCGAGAAUAAUUUUUAUGAUAAACUAGCUCUCGCGAUUGAGUUACUCCGACUGUUAUAAUUUACAUCUGGAUUAGCAAUCUAAUUCUUGCUGCGGUCCUUUGUUCGUCGAAUCGAUAAACUUGAUUUCUUUUCUUUUUUCCUUUUUUCACACGAAAUCGUACGCAAAAAUAUAUUGCCGUUGCUGUGGAACCAUCAAAAUUAUCGGUUCAAGCAACAAUUCGGUUUCUUGUGUAUGUUUUUUUCUGAUUUUAAUAAAUCAUUUUCAUAAACGCAUGCCAUUGUCUUUUACUUUGUCAAAUAUUUUCUCUUCUCCUA